CAAUGAGUACGGACUAUCUAUAAUAGUAAUUAUUAUUAUUAUUGUUAUUAUGAUGAUGAUGAUGAUGAGCAUAAGAAAUUGUAUGGAUGCGCUAUUCCUAAUCUGGCCAUUCAUCGCGAUGUCUCCACAGUCCAUCUAUACGAAGACUGAAAUUAGGAUAAAAGCAGAUAUAAAAUCUCUCAUUCUCGAACACAUUCUUCAACCAUUUCUCAAAUUAUAUCCAUACACUCACAGUUAAUCAUGCCUCCAACAAAUACCCAAAAACACAUCGCCAUCGCCGAAGUCACCAUAUUCGCACUCAUCCAUGUCGUCCAAUUCAUCUCUAGAUUCAUGCAGGAAUGGCGAUACUGGCAUCACGAUAAAGCCAAGAGGCCCCUUCGCUGUGUGCUUUAUUCCUGGUUUGGGUUGAUUGGACUGUUAGCGCAGCUUCGAAUUGCUGGUUUCGCUCUGGUGCUUGCGACAUCCACACCGAGCAAGUCGAUGUUGAUUGCAGAGACCGUUCUGCAGGGUAUUGGUCUUUCGCCGUUGUUGUUUGAAGUGAGCUUUAUCUUGCUGCGAUGUGGCCAAUCCGGACGAACUGGCCCAGGAAACUCGAGAUACCCCAAACCAACCCGCUUCAUGCUCCACUUCUUCCGUUUUCCCAUAUUCAUCGCCAUCGUCCUAGUCAUCGUGGGCAGCUGCGUCGACAUCCGUCCCUGCGUAUACGCCGGCUCAGCCAUCCUCGUCACCGCAUUCCUCUUCGUGUGUGGUAUCGUGGCUUGGUUCGCCGCGAGACUUCGGAAAGACCUCUCUAGUGCUGGUAACCAUGCCGUGUUGCUGGUUCUGGUAGUGCUCCCUUUUUUGGCGGUUAGGGUUGUGUAUUUCCUCAUGGGGCAGUAUGGGUCGGGUAGGUUUCAUCCUGUUCAUGGUGAUGCGGACAUCAUGGUUGGAAUGGGGUUUGUGAUGGAGGUGGUUAUUGCUGUUUUGCUGUUGACGGCACGCGUGGUGAUUGAGCCUGUUUGGCCGGUUGCUUGUGAGGUUGUGGAUAGCUGUUGA